AUGUCGAACUCGAAAUCUGCAUUAAAUUUCUGCCAUGUUAAUUACAAGACUCCUGACAAGAUGAUUCCCUCAAAGAGUGAAUUGAAACAAUUGUCUGAAGAAAGCUUAACCAGGCAGCCGGAAGAAGUGUUUGACAUAAUUUGUAAACUUGGAGAAGGAUCCUAUGGAAGUGUAUUUAAAGCGCUGCACAAAGAUUCUGGUCAAGUACUUGCUAUUAAGCAAGUAUCGGUUGACACCGAUCUUCAAGAAAUUAUAAAAGAAAUAUCCAUUAUGCAACAAUGCUAUAGCCCCUAUGUAGUUAAAUACUAUGGCUCAUAUUUUAGGAAUACUGAUUUAUGGAUUAUUAUGGAAUAUUGUGGUGCUGGUUCAGUAUAUGAUAUCAUGAGAUUAAGAAAAAAGACACUGUCAGAGGACGAAAUAGCUACUAUAUUGUCAGACACACUUAAAGGACUAGAGUACUUACAUUUAAGGAGAAAAAUACACAGAGAUAUUAAAGCUGGAAAUAUAUUGUUAAACUCUGAAGGACAUGCUAAACUAGCUGAUUUUGGGGUUGCUAAACAACUGACUGAUACAAUGGCCAAAAAAUUAACUCUAAUAGGAACUCCAUUAUGGAUGGCACCUGAAGUUAUCCUAGAAGUAGGAUACGAUUGUGUUGCUGAUAUAUGGAGCUUGGGAAUAACUGCAUUGGAAAUGGCUGAAGGCAAACCUCCAUACAGUAAUAUACAUGCAAUGCGCGCCUUAUUCAUAAUACCAAAUAAACCACCGCCUUCGUUUCGAGAACCAGAUAAGUGGUCCCCAGAAUUUAUCGAUUUUGUUAGUCAAUGUCUAAUCAAAAAUCCAGCGGAACGACCAACAUCCUCAAAAAUGUUAAAUCAUGAAUUUAUUCGUAACCCAAAGCCACCAGAAAUUUUAAGUCAAAUGAUUACUGAAGCAAGAGAAAAUCAAAUUCUCCGUUCUAAUGCAUCAAGUUUAGUCAAAUCAGCUGAAUCCAAAGAUCAAAACUCUAAAGAAGAUGAUAUUGACAGUCUUACAAUGAUAGUAGAUGAUAGUACCCUUGUACCGGAUAAAUCAAAAGGGACAAGUUUAAAAAGUAAUUCAUUAGUAGAAGAAUUGAGAACAAUGGUAAUUAAUAGUGAUGGAGAAGAUGAUUCCACAAUGAAGCGGCAUGAUACAGGACCUGAAGAAUCAAUAAAACCUUUUGGUAAAAAGUAUAGACCUAUGUACUUAGAUCAUAUUCAUAAAAAAAUUGCAGUAAAAUCUAAAAACGAUUAUUUUAAUGUGGGAAACAAAUUUUUUGGUGAUGGACUAGAUUCUGCUCAAGAUGUUUCUCAAAUUGACGAAUCUGAAAAAACUAUAACUUUAAAUCAAUGUCCAAUGCCGCAAAUAAAUUGCAGACCUGAUGUUAAUCUACCUACAGCUCUUCACCAAAACCAAUACUACAAACAAAUCGCUGACGGAGACUUUGGUUUUUUGAAGUUUUUAAGCUUUGAUGACUUACAACAAAGAAUGUCCAAUUUGGAUUCUGAAAUGGAACAUGAAAUUGAUGAGCUACGACGUCGUUAUCAAACAAAGCGCCAACCAAUACUGGAUGCUACGAUUAAGAAGCGUAAACGACAACAAAACUUUUGA